GAAAGCUGUCCGUCGAAAGAUUUUGAAAUCUCUCUCUGUUUCUCUCUUCGCCAUAUCCACCGGCCUAUGCUGCAAAACGAAACCCUAAAGUUCCUUACUUUCCCUUCUUUUCUCUCCAAAUUUUCUCAACAGGCAAACAGUAAAACUCCCAAUUUUGCCCACGACUCGAAAACCCUGGAUCUCCCAAAUGAAUUCAAGUCGCCAACAACACCAAAACAACGCAAAGCUAAAACAUAACUAUAGAAGAAGAUGACUAACCACCAUCAAAGCGACGUGGAUUCCGGCGGUGGUGAAUUUGCGAAGUUCCACAGAGUCCAGCCGGAGCGUGAUUUGGAAGCCAAUUGGGAAGUCGAUCUUGCCAAAAAACUUGAAGACUAUCUCUUGAAGAUUUGCUCCGGUGAAAUUACUGGGUCCCAAGGCGAUGACGGAUAUAACCCAGUGAAUUUCGCUGAAGCUGCAUUGCUGCUUCAGGGCUCGGUUCAGGUGUAUAGCCGGAAAGUAGAGUAUCUAUACAACUUGGUUUUGCAUGCUUUGGAGUUUCUUUCUCAAAAGAGGCAACAGGAUCAACCAGAAGGCGCGUCAAUCCAGCCUGAACAAAGUGCUUCGCAUGCUUCUUUAGAUGAAGACAAUGAUCAAUUUUGGGGCCUGGAUGACAUCCCAGUGGAAGAAAAGAUUAGCUUGGAUAGUUCAGCCAACAAAGACACUUUGUUGAAUCACUUUGUGAAGCCCCCUGCAAAUUUAGUUGUUCUUGAAGGUGAUUGCUUAGACACUUCGGGUGAUGGCAGUGAAUUAGAGUCCUAUCUGUUGGCAAAAAAUGAUCUCUACCAGGAUUUUAUUUUAUUAGAUCCAUGUGAUGCAGUAGCCGUUGACGAUUAUUUGAAGGGUGAAGCUGGUAAAGGAGAAUAUGGCACUUAUACGGGCAGUUCAAGGCACAAGAGCUUUCAGUCUCCCACAUGGCGUUCAGGGGGGACUGCACAUAAAACAACUCUUGGAAAAAAUACGAAUGCUAAUGUUAAUCAAUCUCCUAAAGUUGAUUGCAGUUUUGGUGUUAAUGACUGUAAUAUGGGGCCCAAUCAUCCUGCUGCUGAUAAUUUUGGAAAUGCAGAUCAUGAAUUUGAUGCGGAUGAUAGGUAUUCAGAACCUAGAGACUUAGAUGAUUCAGAUGAUGAUGAAAAUGAUCCAUGGAAACCUCUGAAUCCCCAUGAACCUGGAAACUUGAAAGUGAGGCCUUUCAGAAAAGUAAAAGCUUUUAGAAGGAAUGGGGCAAAUUCUGCCAAGAGUAUUCCUAUAACUACUUUAUUUCCACUCGCUAGAUUGCAUGGUACCGUUAGUCCAGAACUUACAGAAAUGUGGGAGAGGCGGCAGAAUGCAUUCAAAAGGCAAAGGGAGUCUAAGUCUCCUCCAUUAUAUGAAAAGCUUCGGCAAUUACUAACUGGUUGGGGAAAUGGAGUUGCUGAUAAGUAUGCUAAUUUCGAAGAUGGCAAUGAAGAUAAUGGAUACCAUAGUGAGAACAUUGAUUUUUGUGAACCUGAUUUUGAUGUGCCAGAGAAUAUGCAUACGGAUGAAGAUUUACCUUUUCAGAAUGAAAAGCAUGAAGAUGGCGAUGCCAAAUUUGUAAUCGAUGAAAUGUUUGACAAUGGAGAUCCAUAUUCUCAAGCAAGCUUGGAAGAUCUCUGCCGCUCUCACCUAGAUGCUCUGCUUGCCAAUAUAGCUGAAAGCGAGAUGCAAACUGAAUUGGUUGCUCGAGUUUCAUCAUGGAAACAGAAAAUUGAGCAUAACUUGGAAGAGCAGGAUUCACAUCCUCCAUUUGAUAUUCACGAGUACGGUGAAAGAAUUCUUGACAAACUGUCACAUGAAGCUGAAAAUGGAAAUGCCAUGCCAUUCGGUGAAGUUGUGAAGGGCCAAGAAAAGCAUGAUGUUGCUCGAACCUUUUCAGCACUUCUCCAAUUGGUGAACAAUGGAGAUGUUGAUUUGGAUAGAAGUGAAGGUCAUGAUGAAUGUGUUUGUUAUACAGCUGUAAAUCCGUUCCAUGUUCGGCUCCUCAAACACGACAAGGGAAGGGUGGAAACUCAACUUCAAAGGCCCAAAAAGAGAGGUAAAUCGCCCUUGAGUAAAUCACCCACAAAAGGUGAUAGGACUAAAUCUUCACCAGAGAAAUGUGUAUCUGUCAAUUCAGAUUCAGAUUAUGGAUCAACAAAAUUGUCAUCACAACCAAAUUGCAAAUUCUCUGCGAAGCUUGGAAAAUUUAGUGUUGUAAGGUGCACUCCCGAAGGCAAGAGGAGACGAAGAUCCCGACUUGUUGCAGCAAUUCAACACUUGAGCUGAAUAGCUCAGAAGACUUCACCAUAGUUUUAGGUCAAUUGACAAUGUUAGCUCUCCAUUGUAAUAUUGUUGUAACUUAUUCUUAGGAUGUACUUUAUCAGUCACAACGCCUUGUAAUAACAUCAAUCUGUUUCAUUCGAUUAUCGAAGACAGCAAGACAGAAGAAUGCUUUAGAUUUCUUCUUACCAGACUGCAGUUUGAAAUUGAAACAAAUCUUUGGCCACUGGUUGAUAUUUUCCACUCUUCUAAAGAACUUUUCAUUGAUUUGUUUAUACUGGUGUAGGUUCUGGUGAAAUUGUUCACCUUUGAACUGUAAAGAACAGGUCAUUUCAUUCGGCAUGAACGUGAACUAGGGUUGUAAUUGUG